AUGAGUGACUUUACUGGACCUGGCUAUUAUACCAUCGUUGCUCGAUCUGUCGACAAGAGACUUGACCUGGACGGCGGAAAAAAGACAGAUGGCACCAAGUUGCAACUCUAUCGGAAGCUCGACGAUGCCACAUGGGGUCCAGAUCAGCAAUUUCUCUUUGCUUAUACUGGCGUUGUUGAUGAGUACCUCAUCAUUAAUGCCAAGUCCGGCACGUAUCUGACUGCUUCGGGUGGCGACGGUACAGCACAGAUCACAGGGAAUCUGAUCCCCCCGCGAGAGAAACGAGUACGCUGGAAGGUCAAGCCUGUCAAGGACGACAGCGGGGCGUACUAUAUCUAUAGUGUUGCAUACCCUGCGAAUGUAGUUGAUGUGCGAGAUAAUGGGACUAAUGAUGGGACCGCAAUAAUAACUUUUCCAAAACGCCCCCAGGGCCAGAACCAACAGUUCUUCUUGAGGGAAACCACGGAGCAACCAUAA